AUGUUUCUAAGAAGGGUGGCGCGGCCGCUAAUGAUGAUGGCGAAAGUGAAGGAGACGACGGGGAUAGUCGGUCUCGAUGUGGUGCCCAACGCCCGCGAGGUGCUCAUCGGCCUUUACAACAAAACCUUAACAGAGAUCAAGGCCGUGCCCGAGGAUGAAGGCUACCGUAAAGCCGUUGAGAGCUUCACGCGCCAGCGCUUAAAGGUCUGCCAGGAGGAAGAAGACUGGGAGACCAUCGAGAAACGCUUAGGAUGCGGCCAGGUCGAGGAGCUGAUUGAAGAAGCCCAGGAUGAGCUCAAGCUAAUCGGUCACAUGAUAGAGUGGAACCCAUGGGGUGUUCCAGACGACUAUGAAUGUGAAGUUAUUGAGAAUGAUGCUCCAGUGCCUAAGCAUGUCCCCCUGCAUCGACCUGGUCCUCUUCCUGAGGAGUUCUAUAAGACAUUGGAGGCUGUUAACACUGGCACUUUAGAGGAUGCUGUUUCAAAGAAGGACGAGCCUGCAAUUACCUCUGGGCCAAUUGAGGUGGCACUAGGCUGGUUAGCCACUUGGAUUUCACUUGAAGGUGGAACUGUAGUGGCAGGGAUUGUGUUUGUGUUUGGAUGGCUAGAUGUUCAAGUUUGGGUUUCAUCUGUAAGUGGAAUGAGAGAUAAGAAGAAUGAAAAUCUUGUUCUACUCAAGCCCAGAAAUUCGUCGAGGAUUUUAACAGGAUUUUACGACGAAUCCAAGCCUGGAAAACAAGCAAAUCCAUCCAGGAUUUUAACAGCUGAAUUCAUGCCUGGAAAACAACAAGGUUCUGUUGGAAUUGGUGAUCCAAAUUAG